CCGUCAGCUGAUUGCCUCCAGACAGACAGACAGACAGACAGAAUAUGGCCGACCUGUCAAGAGAUCAAUGAGGAACGGCAUAAUCGAGUUUCUUUUUACGACUUUUGGGGCUCAUAUUUCACUAACGUGGACAACAGUUACUAAGAUGAGCGGGUUGCCGGUUGGCAUGGCGAAUGUCCCUAGCAAGAGCAAUCACACCGGGAAUGAUGGCCAGGUGUGGGAGAGACUCUGGACCUUUGAAGAGAUGCGACAGACCAGCACCAACUGGUCCCUGGCUGCAGACUCAGGGCUCUUCCUGUUCCUGCAAGACUUCUCCCAGAGGAUGCUGUCAAAGACUCAUGAGAUAGAGAAGCAGUUGGAUGGACUGAUCAGAGACACCAAGGCCACAGACUGUUGCGUGCACACCGUCUUCAACGACUUCCUCAUGCUCUCCAACACACAAUUCAUUGAAAACAGAGUGUAUGAUGAGGAGGUGGUGCCAAAGCCUGAGGCCUUGGAGAGACCGCCUGAGCAGAAGACUCGUGAGCAGAAGGAAGCCCAGCUGAUUCCUAAGGUCCAGGAAGCAGUGAACUACGGUCUGAUGGUGCUGGACUCUGCCUUUGAGCAGCUAGACAUCAAGGCAGGAAACUCUGACUCAGAGGACGAGGAGGCCACAGACAGAGUGGAGCCCAUACUGGAGCCCAAGGACCUGUAUGUGGACAGGCCUUUACCAUAUUUGAUUGGUUCUCAGCUCUUUAUGGGGCAAGAAGACGUUGGACUGGGAGACCUCUCCAGUGAAGAAAUGUCAGUCGACAGCGAUCGAGACACCGUCAUUGUGAGCGAAGAUGGCAAAGAUGCUGACCAGUCAGACGAUGACUUUGACCAGGAUGAGGAGGGGCCAGGCACCAUGAAGAAGAAGUCGUCUAUGUUGAGUGAUGACGAGGAGGGAGAUUCAGACAUUUUCGGAGAAUCGGACGAAGAUGAUGAUGAUGAUGAUGAUGACAGAAAGAACCCAAGACCAUCAUCCUUUGCUGAUGAGCUGGCUGCCAGAAUCAAAGGGGAACCCAUCAGCAAGCCAGAGGGAGAUCACACAUCUAUUGAAGAUGACAGCGAGGAGUUAUUCGGGCAGCCCAAGAUGGAGGAAGAGGACCUCUCUCCGUUUGGAGGGAAAGGAGGCCUCUUCAGCGGAGGGAGAGGACUGUUUGAUGAUGAGGGGGAUAUGUUUUCUGAUCCACCUAAACAGCCUGUAGCAGAGGAGAAGACCACAGUACCUGUCAAGCCUGCUAAGAAGAUUCCUUCAGGGGCUGUGUCAAUAUUCCCAGAGAACAGCCUGUUUGGCACUCCUAAUGACUCUGACUCAGUGGGGGGUAGAGAGAACAGCAGUCCAGCCAAACCCCACAAGACCCAGACAUCAGCCCCUAGAAAGACCGCUUUAGGGGGGCUGUUUGACGAUGAGGAGGAUAACUUCUUCACCGGCAAAAGCCUUAAUAAAUCCAGCUCAGCUGGACAGGAGGAACCCAAGCAGAGGAAGACAGUGGAUCUGUCUGGAGGAGGUGAUGAGGAUGGUGACAUCUUCAGUGAGAACUCUGGUGUUCUGCCCCCUCUACAGAGUAGGAGGGAGGUGGUGGAGGAGGAGGAGGAAGAACAGGUGAAACAGUCUCCUCAGAAAAAGAUGCCAGCAGGAGGUGUCUCCAUGUUUGGUCCUGGUACCAAGAGCCUGCUGACUGAGCCACUAAAGAAACAACGGCCCUCCACCAGUGAAGAGUCAGAGGAGGUGGGAAUCCUCUUUUAUCCAUCCAUCAUCUCUAUAUGCAAUAUCUCUCAGAUAUGUCCAACCAUCCCUAAGAGUCAGUCCAAGCCUGAACCAACACUUCAGAGCAAAGCUCCUCUGUCCAUAUUUGUUGAUGAGGAUCUGUUUGCGUCUGCGAAGAAAUCUAAAUCAAGCCAAACUGAAGAUGUCACACCACAAGUCAAGAAACCUGUCUCUCGCACCCUCUUCAGUGAGGACGAGGACCAUUGGAUGAGCUCCAAGCAUAGUGCAGGAAAGACUGGAGGGAUGACGUCCAGUGAUAGCGCCCGCUAUAGUCUACCCAGUGUCAAAGCAGAUCCUUUCAACAGCCUGUUCGAUGAGGAUGAUGACGAUCUCUUUGCUGCUACCAAGGAGUUGAGUCAGAAGAAGCCACAGAGAGUGUCUCUCCUGUUUCAAGAUGAGACUGAGGAUGGUGAAGAUAAGGGAUCCCUCUUUGGCUUCAAACCACCCAUCAACAACAGCUCUACUCUAGCUGACCCUAAAGCUGCUGCUGUGGUCCACACAGACAAACCUCCCACCCCAGUGGAGAAGAGGCAUGCAGAGGAGAGGGCAGCGAAGGGUCCUGAGGUACAGCCCCUGUCCUCUCUACUUGAGGGCAGUGAGAGUAAGAAGAAGCCAGUAGGGGCCGUCAGUCUGUUUGGAGGGAUCAACGUGCUGGGAGACCGACUGGGAGCAGCCAAGCAGACUAAGAGCCCAUUGGACGAGACGGAUGGUGAUGACUUCCUGUCUAAGGAGGGCCCGCCCCCCAUGGAAAAGGAGUCCAAAAUGAAGAAGAACACCAUCAGUCUGUUUGAUGAUGAGGAGAGUGCUGACUGGACUGUCCCCAUCAUCAUACCUAGCAAACCAGCUGCCAUAAACACACUAAAGCCUACAGAGGAGCGUCCUCAUACCAAGAGCAGUACCGGGGUGUUCCAGGAUGAGGAACUGCUCUUCAGUCACACUCAGCAGAGAGACAACCACCCCGACGUUGACAUCUUCGCCACGCCUGACAAGUCUGUGACCAACCUGGUGAUCAACCCUGCUGCCCUCCUGCCUAGCGCGUCCCCUUGGAUCCUAGGGGUCAGUGGACUACCAGGCCUCAGCCCCAGACCGGCAUGGACCCAGUCCCCCAGCGACGGAGGGCUUAGCUUCGACCACCCUGUCCAGGUGUCCGUGCUACAGUGUGCCAACAAGGGUCGAGCUAAAGGCUCCAUCCGCCGCAGGCCCCAGACCAGGGCAGCACGGCAGAUUUCUGCUCAGCGCUCUGUGGACCAGAGAAACCAGGGAGAGGACCGGGCAGGACACAGCCCAACCCUACCUCAUCCAACCCAGCCUAGUUUGGCACUACCUAACCCAAUCCAGCCUAGCCUGGCACUACCUAACCUAACCCUUCCCAGGCCUAGUCUACCCAACCAAGUCCCAACCACUGCCUUAUCCUCCUUACCUGCCUCCUUACCCUCCCAAUCCCUGCUCACUGAUGUCUCUGUCAGACCAUCAGUUCUAACACUACCAGUAUCCAACACCCCUCUAAAGAGAGACUUUUCUAAGGGUUGCAAGGUGAAGGUGCUGCCAUCUCCCGACGAGGCUGACCUGUUUGGGUCUGACAGCCCCUUCGGGUCUGUCCCUGCCCAAGCCCCAGUCCCCAAACUUACCACCCCCUCACCCAAACUCACCACAAAGACUACGGAGGGUGAGUUGAUGCCGAAGAAGGAGAAAGAAGCGACCCCUCCGUCCCUCUUUGAUGACCCCAUGGGUGACCUGUUCCAGAAGGUCAAGCCGAGGUCGGCGAAGAAGGCAAAGGCCUCUUCCUUCCUGGAGGAUGAAGAGGAUAUCUUUGUGUUGGGAAAGAGCUCCACUCCCACUACUAAAAUUACUGCUGGGGGGAAAUUCACUAAGGCAGGGAGCAACUCCACUCCCAAACAGGACCUCUUCCAGGAUGAAGCCGGGACGACCCCCAUAGCUCACAAAGACAAAUCCCUGGAUGCCAGCCUGUUUGACGACAACGUUGACAUCUUUGCUGAUUUGACGGCCACUUCAAAACCAAAAGAGAAGAAGUCCAAGAAGGCGGAGACUAAAUCCAUUUUUCAUGAUCAUAUUGAUGACAUCUUCUCUCCCAGCACUGUGAAGCCAAUGGCCAAGCAGCCUCCAUCCAAGUCCAAGAAAAGCCCUCCCUCCCAGGACACCAGUGCAGCGGACGACUUGGGCAACAUCUUCGACGACCCUCUCAAUGCUCUGGGUGGGAACUGAACCGUGGACUGUUCCUGAUGAACUAAAACUUUUUGUGUCCCAAAUGGCACCGUAUUCCCUAGAUGGUUCAUUACUUUUGACCAGGGCUCAUAGGGUGUGCACUAUGUGGGGAAUAGCGUGCCUUUUGGGAUGCAGUCUCUAACUGUUCAAUUGUGCAGAAAACUUUGUUGUUUUGGAGGACAGAAAAAGGGGUUGGAGAUAUUAACACUGUUCUUAUAGAGACUAUUUCUAUAUAGAGACUAUUUCUAUAAAAACAAUCCAUCGAUCGGCAUUACCUCGGAUGGAAAUUUAAACCCAGGAUAAAGGGGAUGAUUCUGAUACUCAUCUCUGAUUGAUAACAAGUAACUAUUUGUCUUUAUUUAAUGUCCAUGGUAGCAGCACUUAGCCAUCAUUAGGCCAGCUGCUAAUAAAGAGAUAGUAAAUUAUUUAUACAUGUAGUUGAGUUCUGGGUAUGUGGUUUAGCAUUGCCAUUCUGAGAUUACAUGUCGCCAUCGGGCUGUGCCAUAUCACCGUUAUGAAAUCAUUGUUUUUGUUUUUCAAUUAAUAUGAAAUUGUUACAUUUGUUAACUUUGCCUGUGAUAAAUGACAAUAGAUUAUUUUUUUUAAAGAAUUAAAAGAAUAUUUUGCUAAAUUUAAAA